UGCGGGGACGGCGGGGCGGCGCGCUCGGGCCGCGGGCGGCGGCGCCAUGUGGAGCGGCCGCAGCUCCUUCACCAGCCUGGUGGUGGGCGUGUUCGUGGUGUACGUAGUGCACACCUGCUGGGUCAUGUACGGCAUCGUCUACACCCGCCCGUGCGCCGGCGACGCCAACUGCAUCCAGCCCUACCUGGCGCGGCGGCCCAAGCUGCAGCUGAGUGUUUACACCACCACAAGGUCCAGCCUUGGUGCAGAAAACAAUGUGGACCUCGUCUUGAAUGUGGAAGACUUUGAUGUGGAGUCCAAGUUUGAAAGGACAGUUAAUGUUUCUGUACCAAAGAAAACAAGAAAUAAUGGGACACUGUAUGCCUAUAUUUUCCUGCAUCACGCUGGGAUUCUGCCUUGGCAUGACGGGAAGCAGGUCCACCUGGUCAGUCCUCUGACUACAUACAUGAUCCCCAAACCAGAAGAAGUCAACCUACUCACUGGGGAGUCAGCUGCACAGCAACAGAUCGAAUCCGAGAGGAAGCCGUCAAGUGCCCUGGACGAGCCUGUCUCUCACUGGAGACCCAGGCUGACGCUGAACGUGAUGGUGGAUGACUUUGUCUUUGACGGCUCCUCCCUGCCUGCUGAUGUGCACCGGUACAUGAAGAUGGUCCAGCUGGGAAAGACCGUGCACUACCUCCCCAUCCUGUUCAUCGACCAGCUGAGCAACCGGGUGAAGGAUCUGAUGGUCAUAAACCGCUCCACCACGGAGCUGCCACUCACUGUGUCCUAUGACAAGAUCUCGCUGGGGCGGCUACGCUUCUGGAUCCACAUGCAAGAUGCCGUCUAUUCCCUGCAACAGUUCGGGUUUUCAGAGAAGGACGCUGAUGAGGUGAAGGGGAUUUUUGUAGACACCAACUUGUAUUUUUUGGCCUUGACCUUCUUUGUUGCCGCAUUUCAUCUGCUCUUUGAUUUCCUGGCAUUUAAAAAUGACAUCAGUUUCUGGAAGAAAAAGAAGAGUAUGAUUGGAAUGUCCACCAAAGCAGUACUGUGGCGCUGCUUCAGCACCGUGGUCAUCUUCCUGUUCCUGCUGGACGAGCAGACAAGCCUGCUGGUGCUGGUCCCAGCAGGCCUCGGGGCCGCCAUCGAGCUUUGGAAAGUGAAAAAGGCCUUGAAGAUGACGGUGGCCUGGAGAGGCUUGAGGCCUGAGUUCCAGUUUGGCACCUACAGUGACUCUGAGAGGAAGACCGAGGAAUACGAUACGCAGGCCAUGAAGUACCUGUCAUACCUGCUGUACCCCCUCUGCAUUGGGGGCGCCGUCUACUCACUCCUGAACAUCAAGUACAAAAGUUGGUAUUCUUGGCUAAUCAACAGCUUCGUGAAUGGCGUCUACGCUUUCGGCUUCCUCUUCAUGCUGCCCCAGCUCUUUGUGAACUACAAGAUGAAGUCUGUGGCGCAUCUUCCCUGGAAGGCCUUCACCUACAAGGCUUUCAACACCUUCAUCGAUGACGUCUUUGCCUUCAUCAUCACCAUGCCCACGUCCCACCGGCUGGCCUGCUUCAGGGACGACGUGGUGUUCCUGGUGUACCUCUACCAGCGGUGGCUUUAUCCUGUGGAUAAGAGCAGAAUGAACGAGUUCGGAGAGUCCUAUGAAGAGCAGCCCCAGCGGAAACCCCACGCAGACUGAGCCCCGGCCUGGGCCCUGAGGCUGCCACACGAGACAGGACGUGGCCACCAGUGGGUGUCCUGGAAGCUGGGACUUUCUAGAUAUGCCUUCUGCAUUGCCAAAUCCCUCUGAACGUCUCCAGCAUCUUCUAAGCUCCACUUCCAUCUGGAAGGGGCCAGAAGCACUAACUGCGUCCCCCCCCACAAGAACAGGUGCCACACACGGUCGCAGCAGCCAGCACUGGUGGCCACAUGCAGCCGUCGGCACAGGAGAGUCCCCAGGCAGGGAGGGUAGCGAUCCCGUCCCAGUUGUUUCUAAGUGCUCCUGUGUGAAUUCACCUGCAUCUGCGGACUCACUCCUCUGGACUCCGGACCAAACGGCUCCUUUUUCCCUUUUGUUUAAAAUUUGAUUGUUUAAAGCUUAAUGUAUGUAUGUUUCUAUUUUAAAAUAAAUUUCUCUGGCUGUGA